AUGGCAGCUCCGGUUGUCUCGAAGAGCUCGAAAGCGAAGCUGUCACGGGGAAAGCCGGACUUGUAUUUAAUUUCCGAAGAAGACACGAUUUACGAGCAGGAUAUCCUUCGCGAUCCAGGGACUGUGAAGCCGUGGCUGGCAUACAUAGAUUUCAAGUUACGACAUGGUAGUCUUCAUGAGCAGGCUUAUGUUCUCGAGCGAGCUUGUCGACAGCUACCCCGUUCUUAUAAGCUAUGGAAAAUGUAUUUAACUCUCCGUAUGAAGCACCUAGACAAGCUCAAUCCCGCGAUAUUCGCAUCCGAAUACGCCAAGGUCAAUUCCCUCUUCGAAAGAGCUCUCAUCCUUCUGAACAAGAUGCCGCGGAUCUGGGAAAUGUAUCUGUCAUUUCUACUCCUUCAGCCAAUUGUUACCCUUACGCGACGCACGUUCGAUCGAGCCCUCCGCGCAUUACCAAUUACUCAACACAACCGAAUCUGGGCGUUGUACAGACCUUUUGCGAACUCUGCUUCUGGUGAGACGGCGCUCAAAAUAUGGAGGAGGUACAUGCAGAUCCAUCCGGAGGACGCAGAAGAUUUCAUCGAGUUGUUAAUUGAGAACGAGCGGUACACCGAAGCUGUAAAGAAAUACAUGGAAAUAUUGAAUAAUCCUAAGUUUCGAAGCAAGAAUGGAAAAGGCCACUAUCAGCUCUGGAGCGAAAUGGUUGAUCUAUUAGUCGAGCACGCGAAGGAAGUCGAAACAGGAGAUGAGUCCGGAAUCGACGUGGAAAGGAUAAUUCGAAGUGGUAUCGAAAGGUUUGCCGAUCAGAGGGGGAAGCUUUGGUCUGGACUAGCGACGUACUGGAUUACACGAGGUAGCUUCGAAAGGGCACGCGACGUAUUCGAGGAAGGUAUCACAACUGUGAUGACGGUGCGCGACUUCACCCUCAUAUUUGAUUCCUACGUUGAGUUCGAAGAAGCAAUUACUGGAGCCUUGAUGGAGGAAGCUGCUGUACGAUCGGAGAAGGGAAUUGUAAAUGAGAACGCCGACUUUGACUUGGAUAUCCGCAUGAUGAGAUUCGAGCAAUUGAUGGACAGGCGGCCGUUCCUGAUUAACGACGUCUUACUACGGCAAAACCCCAACAGUGUUUCAGAAUGGAACGUCAGGGUUGGAUUAUGGGGCUCCAAUAAUCAGGAAGUAGUCAAGACUUACACAGAUGCAAUUGCAGCUAUACAACCAAAGAAAGCCGUUGGACGGUUCCAUGAAUUAUGGGCGAAUUAUGCGAAAUUCUACGAGAAGGGUGGCGACCUGCGAAACGCUCGGACAAUUAUGGAAAAGGCAGUGAAGGUGCCCUUCAAGUCGGUUGCAGAGCUUGCUGAUAUGUGGCUCGAGUGGGCUGAGAUGGAGCUCAGGAAUGAUAAUUUUGAGGAUGCGAUGAAGAUUAUGGCGAAAGCCGUUCAGGCACCGAAACGAUCAACUGUCGAUUACUUUGACGAGACCCUCUCACCUCAGCAGCGAGUCCAUAAGAGUUGGAAGCUAUGGAGUUUCUAUGUGGACUUGGUAGAGAGUGUCAGCACACUCGAGGAGACGAGGAAAAUCUACGAAAGGAUCUUCGAACUCCGGAUUGCAACUCCACAAACGGUCGUCAAUUAUGCCAACCUUCUGGAAGAAAACCAGUAUUACGAGGAAUCUUUCAAGAUCUAUGAACGGGGCCUUGAUUUGUUCAGCUAUCCCGUUGCUUUUGAGCUAUGGAACUUGUAUCUUACAAAGGCUGUAGACCGCAAGAUAGGCAUUGAGCGUCUUCGUGAUCUAUUCGAGCAAUCCGUCGAGGGAUGUCCGCCCAAAUUUGCCAAAGUUCUCUACCUUAUGUAUGGCAAUUUAGAGGAAGAGCGCGGACUUGCACGCCAUGCUAUGCGUAUCUACGAACGAGCGACUCGUGCUGUAUCCGACGAGGACAGGGCCGAUAUGUUCAAUUUCUACAUCACCAAAUCAGCAUCCAAUUUCGGGCUUCCAUCCACGCGGCCUAUUUACGAGCGAGCCAUUGCUGCGCUUCCGGACAAAGAUGCUCGUGACAUGUGUCUAAAGUUCGCAGACAUGGAGAAAAGACUUGGAGAAAUCGAUCGUGCGAGGGCUAUCUACGGCCACGCCUCGCAAUUCUGCGAUCCUCGAACAAGCCCUGCCUUCUGGUCGAAAUGGGAACAGUUCGAAGUCCAGCAUGGAAACGAAGAUACUUUCAAAGAAAUGUUACGUAUCAAGCGAAGCGUCCAGGCACAGUACAACACUGACGUCAAUUUUAUUGCUAGUCAGGCGCUUGCCAGGGCUAAGGAGGUCGCAGCUGGUGCUGGUGAGGACGGCGACGAGGACGGAAGCGCCGACGCGAUGGCUGCUCUGGAGCGCGAGGCCAGAGCGCCUGUCGGCUUCGUGGCAGCUAGCUCGGGGCCUCAGAAAGGUAACAUGGCACCACAGAGCUCUGUUAUUGAGGCGAAUCCGGAGGCUAUUGAUUUGGAUGACGAUUAA